AUGUCACAACAAAGUCAGCUCAUUGCGGGUUCAUUUAAUCUCGCUCAAAGUGGUCGUCAGUCUCACCAAGUAUCUCAACAAGAAUGGUUAUUCAUCGACGAGUCCUCUACAAUAGCAUCACCUAAACCUAAAAGACCUUGUGACCUUUCAAAUCUUUUAGUUAUCGUUCCAUUUCCUCCAAGAGUUGAUCCAUCAGACCUUAUAAGGCGUAAUAAACAUGGAGAAUUACUUGCUCGUUCUACCAAUAAAUUUUUAAUUUAUCGUAAUGAAUUUGCAAAACAACUUCACUCUCAAGGAUAUAGACUUUCAAUGAGAGAAGUUUCAAAAAUGGCAUCGAAAGCUUGGAAGAAAGAAGAAAGGAGGGUUAAAAGAAAAUAUGAAGAAAUCGCACGAGAAGUUGAAAGAAUUCACAUAAGACUUAAGCAAGAAACACAAAAUGAGAUGGAUAUUUCUACUAAUGUUCCUUGUUCAGUUUUUCGUGAGAAUGAUGAUCCUGUCAAUAAUGACAAUCAAACUCAACAAAUUGAACCUAUUACUAAGAUUAUACCUUCUCAAAGAUAUGAUGCAUCACCAAUACUUUCACCAGUAAUGCAUUUUACUGAUAUACAAGAAACACAACCUACUUAUUUUCUUGAACAACAGACAAACAAUAAUCAACUCUUUCAAUUUUAUAAUAAUGAACAAAAUUCGCUUUCAUCGUUUGAUAAUGCACUAACGCCUUCACAAAUAGAUAACAUCAUUAGCCUUAAUUUAUCAAAUAUUAAUGCAGAUUAUUUUUUCAAUCUUAACUCUACUGCAUGCAAUAAUUUUAAUCCCGUCGAUCGAAAUCUUGGCGCAAAUUCAGCUAUUAUCGUUAAUUUUGGUACCAAUUCUAUUGGAAAUGGCUCUUCUAUGUCUUAUUUGUAA